AUGCAAGGCGUCGAUACGAUGAACCUGUCGUCGGCCAUCAGUCACUUCCUCAACUGCUACCUAGGAUCUUUCAACAAUUUGACGCCACACGUAGCUACUGAAGAGAAGCCUAAGAAGAAGAACCGGAGGAAGAACAAAGGAAUCUUUGCACUCAUUGGAGGUCGUGAUUCUUUGGACUCUGCCUGCGAGAAAUACGACAUACAAAAAGUUUCCCUGCUGAGGUCAUUUUGUAAGUGCGUCGGCAUACAGCUGCUACUGAGGGAGUAUGUACUGGAUAGCAAAAACAAACAGGCUUUCCACAGUGAGGAUGUGCUUAAUGUGUUCCCGAUUGUCAAGCAUAUCCAUCCCAAGGCAACAGAUGCAUACCACGUGUUCACGUCCGGCCAGGCUAAAAUACAACAGGGCCUACUGCAAGAAGGGUAUGAGUUGGUGGUGGAGGCACUGAACCUACUGAACAACGUGUAUGGAGCCAUGCAUUAUGAGAUCGCCUCGUGUGCCAGGCUCCUAGCCAGACUGAGCUAUAUCAUGGUGGACUAUGGAGAGGCGUUGGUGUACCAGCAGAGGGCGGUGCUCAUGAGCGAGAGAGUCCUUGGCAUUGAUCAUCCAAGCACCAUUACUGAAUACGCCCAUCUGGCGCUCUACUGUUUUGCCAACAAUCAAAUACCAAUCGCGCUGAAGCUUAUGUACAGGGCGCUAUAUUUAGCUCUUCUCUGCACUGGGGAAAACCAUCCUGAAAUAGCCCUGUUCUACUGCAACAUAGGGCUGAUGGUUCAGGCUGAGUCUGAUUUCGACCUCUCUCUUAAGUACCUGACGAAAGCUCUAGAACUCAAUUCUAAAUUCUUCGGGCCGAAAAGUUUGAAAUGCGCACUGAACUACCACCUUAUUGCACGGACUUACUUGUGCAAAGGUGACUUUAGGAGUGCUCUUCACAGCGAGAAAGAAUCUUACUCUAUCUAUAAAUUGCUGCUCGGCGAAUCACACGAACGAACGCACGAAAGUUCGGAGUGUUUGAAGCACCUGACGAACCAGGCCGUGAAGUUCCAGAAGACGGUGAACAUGCUACAGAAAGGUGAAAAGAUAACGAACAUGCCUUCCUUGCAGGUUUGUUAUAACCGCCCGGAAGAUAUAGAGAAGUUCCGAGAUGAAAUGCUGAAACAACAGAUUGUCCAAAAAUUAAGAUCGUCAUCAGAAGUCGCUGCAACUACCACAACUACUGAUAAUAAUAAUAAUAAUAAUAAUGAUAAUAAGAAAAAGAAGAUGAAUGAUAAUAAUAAUAAUAAUAAUGAUAAUAACAAGGGUAAUAAUAGUGAUAAUAACAAUAACGGUCUUGAUGUUAAAGAACAUGAGAAGCCAAUAGGAAGCGCCGUUAAAAACACAAGUUUAGCAGAAGCCAUACCAUUGGAUUAGAAUUUAAAAUGUGAAUUUUUGAAGUUUUUUUUUUUUUUUUUGAGAAAAAAAUUUUUUUUUCUAAAUUUUUUAUUGCUAGACGAUAAGUUAUAUAUAAUUAAUGUCUUUGGUAUUUUGUAUGUUACGUCAUAACAUUAAUAAUAAUAAUGAUUAAAUAUAAUUAUUAUUAACGGUUAUAACUGUUAUUAUUAAUGUUAUUAUUAUUAUUAUUGUUGUUGUUAAUGUUUAGCUUAUUAUUAUUAUUGUUAUUAUUAUUAUUGUUAAUUUAUACACAGACUGAUCAAAAACGGAUCUAUAUAAAUAUAUAUAUAUAUAUAUAAUUUAAUAUAAUGUAGAACAUAUAUAAUAGUAUUCAUAUAAAAGUCUUGUUUCUCUCUCUCUCUCUCUCUCUCUCUCUCUCUCUCUCUCUCUCUUUCUCUCUCUCUUCCUCUAUGUAUAUAUAUAUAUAUACUCUUGUGAAAUUUGUACAUGUAUGUAUGUUGUUUUUGAAGGAAGGUUUUGACAAAUGAGAUGCUAUUACAAGGUUAAAUAAACUAUACAAUAAUAUUGUUAUUUAUUAUUAUUGUCAUUUAUUAUUAUUAUUUAUUAUUAUCAUAAUUAUUAUUUUGUUAUUAAUGUUUUUUUUUCUACUUUAAAAAUAUAUCUCAAUAUAAUACAAUAAUUAAAAUGCG